AUGGCGGAAAUCACAGCCCUGCGGCAGCAAGUGCGAGACAUGAAGGGGCAACAUGCUGGGCUUAUGCCACAGCACCAGCCGCCGCAGCCGCAGCCGCAGCACCAGCCGCCGCAACCGUACGUACUGCCGCAGCCUCAGGCUACGCAGCCGCAGCCGUAUGAAUAUCAGCCGCACCAGUCACAAUUAGCCGGGCUCUACGCGCCGGAACAGCCCAGCGCAUACGGCGGAGAACAGCAGCGGCUGAUCCGGCAACGCCGCCGAGAGGCAAAGCGGAUGUGGCGGCAAACCAUGCACCGUCACUGCGGCAGCCGCAGUCACUGCAGCGGCCACUGCGGGUAUAGGCACGACUGCGGCGCGGACCACAGUACCUGUGGUCCCUAUUGCGGGCGGCACACUUGA